GGCCGACGAGGCCACGAUCUCGCCUCUCGGCACGGCACAGGAGGAGAGACCUAUCCACUCCUCCAUGCGGCAUCGCGCCUCACUUCCCAGCCACUACUCGCCACCACCCCCAGCGAACUAACCUCGCCGUGGAAACGAACACCCCCGACGAACACCUCGCUCCUCCUCGGGCAGACAGCGGCACGGCGCGCGGCCCCCCGUACCAUGCCGUGACGGCCGGAAGCCACCACGCCACUUUCCACCGCCGCCGCACAUGCACCCCAUGGCCGUGGCAGUGGCCGCCGCCGUCUCCUGCCCGCGCCCCGUCCCCGGGGCCGGGCGUAUGCGUAUCCACCUCUCCGCUUCCGCACUUGUGGCCCGUGGCCGUGGCUGCGGGGUGGCGGUGAGGGCCCGCGGGCAGGGCGCGACCACGCCCGACCCGGCUGCCAUCCUGAGGCGGCCGGCGGUGGCGACGACGGCGGCUACGGAGGAGGACGAGGUGAUGGAGGAGGAGCGGGAGAGCGAGGCGGAGUCCUCGCUGGGUGGUGGUUCGAGGGAGGACGAGGCGACGGAGGAGGGGAGAAGUAAGUUGCCGGAGAGGGAGUGGGUGGAUUGGGAGGACCUCAUCCUCGAGGACACCGUGCCCCUCGUUGGCUUCGUCCGGAUGAUUCUGCACUCCGCCAAGUAUGAAAAUGGUGAUCGGCUGAGCCCUGAACAUGAAAAGGCAAUUUUGGAACGAUUGCUUCCUUAUCACCCACAAUACGAGAAGAAAAUUGGAUGUGGUAUUGACUACAUUACGGUUGGGUUACACCCAGAAUUUGAGAACUCAAGAUGUCUGUUCAUAGUUAGGAAGGACGGUGAGCAAGUUGAUUUUUCAUUCUGGAAGUGCAUCAAAGGUCUCAUACGACAAAAGUACCCCUUGUAUGCAGAUAGUUUCAUUCUCAGACAUUUUCGCAGGAGGCAAGAUUACCGAAUUAGUGACUCGUAAAAUUGUUUCUUGUAAUAUUUCAGUGAUUUUGAUUUUGUCGAUUUGCCCUUAAUGUCCUGUGAUCUUGCAUACGUUCAAGCACACGUGGAAGGUUCUAUUCUAAACAUCUCAUUGGGCUUGAUACAGACCCUUUUCCCGUGUGUGAGAGCUGAAAAAGUAUACAAGGUUAGUCUUGCAGAUGAACUUCGCCUGAACUUUAUAGCACAGUCACUCUUGAGGGUUGUGAACUUGUGAUGAUAUCUGUGUUGACUACAGAAUGGAGUGAUGGUCGGAGCCUGGCUAACUGUUGCAACUCCCUAUUCUUCUGAGCCAUAUGGUGUGAAAUUAAAUUGCUAGCAGAUGUUUCUUCUCUGAUGCUAAGUUGGCGAAUACAUGAGUUUGCAGUUUUGGUGAAAACGAUUGUGUGUUAAAUUUCGUGGUCUCUAGUUGUUGCCUGCGGGCUCGUGGCCCAGGCGAGACUGGCCGAAGAGG